CAGCAGUUUCCGGGUUAUAGAGUGACGUUGUUAUGGGGCUAGCUGUGGGCUAGUUUCACGGUGCUGUUAGUGAUGGCUGUGGCUCAGAAGCUGCAGAGGUGUGCUGUUUCUCAUACUGGAAAACACUCUGCAUCCGUAAUCUUCUUACACGGCUCAGGAGACACAGGACAGGGCCUACGUGCAUGGGUGAGGGACGUCCUGAAACAAGAUUUGGCUUUCACCCACAUCAGAGUCAUCUACCCCACCGCCCCAGCAAGACCCUACACACCCAUGAGGGGUGCGCUGUCUCACGUGUGGUUCGACCGGUAUAAGAUCUCAGCCGACUGCGCAGAGCACUUGGAGUCCAUUGACAGCAUGUGCAGCCUGCUGGGCACUGUCAUACAGGAGGAGGUCAGGGCAGGUGUCCCCAAACACAGGAUGAUUAUUGGGGGUUUCUCAAUGGGUGGGGCCAUGGCUCUGCACUUGGCCUGCAGGUACUACCCUGAAGUGGCUGGGGUCUUCGCUCUCUCCAGCUUCCUCAACAAGGACUCAGUCGUCUACCAGGCGGUACAGGACAGGAGGGGGCAGUCGCUACCGGAGCUGUUCCAGUGCCACGGAACAGCUGACGAGCUGGUGCUCCACCGAUGGGGGGAGGAGACCGGGGCCCUGCUGAGGGGGGUGGGGAUGGCCACCUCUUUUCACUCCAUCCCUGGUCUGAACCAUCAGUUGUCCAGUGUGGAGCUGGAGAGCCUGCGCUCCUGGAUCCUGAAGAAGCUUCCUCCAGAUAGCCCCUCCCAUGGACAGUGAGACCCCUUUACCCAUGACCCCCGAAGGGUUAUUGAAAAGACGCAGUCCCAAUCAAUGCUCUUUGGUCGUGGUCGUUUGUCAUGGAGGGCCUGCUAAGUUCCUGCACUGGAACCAGGACACCAGGAGCCAAGGGAGAACUACUACAACAGUACAGAAUGUUAUGAGCAUAAACUGAAGGUAUAAUUAUGCCUGUGACUGUACUGUAACACUGAAUUAUGUACAAGAGAACUCAUAAAAGACAUCUUAAAAAGACAUUUGGGUAAACUGGUUAUCAGAGCUUCAUUGAGGUGAUAUAUUAAGAAUCACUUUUCCAUUGUAACAGUGGAACCCAUUUUUAAAUCAGCAUCAUUUUUUUCUCCAUGUAUCUCUAUUAAAUGUCGUGAACAUA